CACGGAAACAACACCGUAUUUAAACAUCGUGGUCACGCCUUGUAAUCGCUACAAUCCGUCACUUGAAGCCCCUAUCGACGCAUUUUCUCUUCUCAAAAACUAUCAAUCGGGUUCACCCAUUCAUUUCACAAUGACAACUACACUGCGCCGGCCCGACCCGGCUUCAUUCUUCAUCCGCCCCGCGACCGGCCGCGAUGUCCCAUCUCUCGGCCGCAUCUAUGUGGACUCCUUCCUGGGCCCAGGUGCCAAUGGCGAUAAUCUAGUCGAAAUUCUAUUUCCUAGCUCAAUUAAGGAUAAAACAGCGCUGGCCAGCCACGUCUCAAACGUAUUCCUACACCGUCUGUGGCAGCCGUUGAGCUACAUAACCAAGGUGGUCGACGACGGCACAGGUAACGUGGUAGGGUUCACCUGCGUCAUGGAGCCGAAGCGCAAUAUCUCCUUCUACAGAAGGUGGAUUAGUCCGUAUACUUGGUUCUCGUAUUUUGGCCGACAAGUACUGAGACUCCGCGAUGCCUUGUUCCAGCCUGUCAAUCCGGAUGAACAUAUCCUUGAUACGUUUGGAAAGGUUCUUACAGAUGUCCUGGUCGAUGUUGCAACUACGGAACGUCGCAAGAAUGCUUGGUAUAUUAGCACUAUCGCGCUUCAAACUGAUACACAAGGACUGGGGCUUGGACGGAAGCUAAUGGACGACUGUCUGAAGCCGGUGGAUGACGAUGGUGCUGCUGUAUACCUGGUUGGAUUGAGGGGCACAAACAAGUUUUAUUCCAAGUUUGGUUUCAAGUUGAUUGCUCAGGCCAACGUCCGAGAGUUUGCGGGCUGGACCGAAGGUGGGCUUAUUAUGAUUAGAGAAUGAUGGCGCAUGUCGCAGCCAAGAGUUUGUAUGAAGGAGUGUGUAUUUAUAUGAUGACUUUCUAUUAAAAGUUUGGUAUAAACUCGGGGGGAUCAAUAAAAGCUAAUUAAACAUGAUCUGUCAAACAUAAUUCCAAAUAUCCGGAGUCUUGUAAAACCUGUGCAAUGCAUAUUUCCCUAAAAGUCAAGUCCCUAUUAAACAAUACAUUCGUAGAUGGCUAGUCAUAAUGCCAAAUUAAUACUUUAUUUCUUUAUCGUGGAACCCAUGUACUCGCAUUGUGCGCAGUCUCGUGCCCUUCGUGGGCAUGGCUGUGUGGGCGAUAGGCCAGAGUCUCUCGGCCUCUCUCCCAGUUUGGCGAACCUCUGUAACCAUGGUUCUUUGGUCCAUAGAAUGAAACAGUGUAGGGAGCCUCAUCCCUUGCACCGUUUCGGGGUACAUGGACGUACUCCGUCUCCCGUCGAGGGCUAUUCUGUUGGGAGUAGUGGCCCAUAGGCUUGCUUGCCAACGUGUACGCGCUGGAUGAGCGCAUGUGUGUAUGACGAUGGGCCUCAUAACCAUCAUAAUGGUCUUCCCCGUGGGGUUCACGAGUCAUUGAUGGUCUUCGGCCACGACCCGAGGUUUCGAAUCUACCUCGGAAGGAGGACGAGUGGUCUGGAGGAUAGUGUCUUGGCACUGGUGCCGUGUAGUGAUGCUGGCCUCUGUAGGCAUCAUGGGGAGUAGCAUAGUCGCCAUUGGCAGGUGGCUCGUACGCCUGCGACCCAGGAUAGCUUAGGGAUCUCUCCUCCUGGUAUCCAAGAGACUGCAUCCUUGGGAUGCUAUGCACCCUGGCGUGGCUAGACGCACGUCUGGGGAUAUCAGCAUAGGGCACAGCAGCUGCAAGCGAUGGGAGAGUCUGUUCAUGCUUUGGCGCCUCUCUUUGGUAGAGAUGUAUGCGAGCCCGCUUUCCAGUAGGGCUGCUAGGAUCAUCAUGGCCGUCAAAGCUAUGCUGACGAUAAUGAGGCACUCCAGCAUGGUACUGUUUUGUGUCACAGAUUGGGCCUUCAUUCUCUUCCGAAGCUUUGCGCUUUGGAGUUCUGGCUUGUGCCGAACUCUUUCUUCUUCGGUUGAGCUUGCCACCCGUAGAUUGAGGUUCGACAAUGUCGGGGAGGAAUUCAAUCUCGGGGAUUUGGCUGAGAUUGCCACUGUUAAUCUCAUCAUAGAGACGAUCCGCAACUUCCAUCAUAUCGGCCGUUGUAUAACCAGUACCAAUCUUUUCCAACAGCCAAGUAGGUACACCUACGGCUUCGGCUGAGCCUCUACCAGCUUCGCCACCAUCCUCUCCAUGUUCAAUGCGAUUCUGCUCUCGCUUUCUUAGAGACAGUGUCCAAAGCUUGAUGAACGGGCCGCUUCCGGAGGCCUUAUUCUCGUCACUCCAGCUUUGAAGUCGAGCAAUCUGCAGCUUGACAAGCUCCAUUUGGUUAAGCGGGUAUGUCUUUGCGUUGCGGUAGCGCACUCUUUGGUAGUGCUUGCGGCAGUAGUAUACCCAGACAUGUUUGGGUAUGCGUAGUGUGCAAGACUUGUUUCUUCCAAAGAGGUGGGAGAUGGCCUUUCGAAGCUGGGAUCCUGUAUCACAAUUCUGCACAAACAUGCAAAAUGCUUCAGGUUCAGGGACAGAGACGGCAGGGUUGGCCUCGCUUGUGGGCUGCUUCACAGGGCUAUCUUCUGACGCAUCAUCAGACGCCUCCUCGUCCAGGUUGUCAAUCUUUGGGUGUCCAGAAGCUUUCAGGUUCGUUCGGUUCUGAUAUUCGAAGAGGGCAGCUCUCUUUGUAGAGUCGACAGAGCUGUUCCUUGACCGGUGACCAAGGCUAGAGGCUAAGCUAGUGGUGGAUUCUAGACCACUCUCUGGUGAUCUGGGGAAAGCUCCAUUGCGCUUUUGACUGCGUGCUGUAUCAAUCGUCAAUUCCGUCUCUGAUCCGCUGUGUGGGUGGUAUUGCAAUUGUGCAGAAACGUGUUUGCGAUGUCUGUCGAUAGAAGGCAGUGUCCUCUCGGGAGACGGAGUUGGUAGUGAUGUUGGGAGGCCGGUCCUGCCGGAUUCUGUUGUUACAACCACAUUUGGCUCCGUAGGUAAUGGUGAUCGAGUAGGCUCAGGGCCGUUAAGUAACGAACCCAGAUCCAUUUUGCAAAUUUGAAGGGGGGUUUUAGUAUGAGCUAGCCGCUCCGAUUGUUGCCGCUCCGGGCCUUGACAAGUUCAGUGCCAGGCAAUACUA